GACAAAGAAAUGCUGAUGAAAGCAAUUGCUCAGAACAUCUUGUUUGGAGAGCUCGAUCUCAAGUACCAAGAGCUCGUUGCCGAGGCCUUUGCUCUGGGGAGAUACAGCAAGGGGGAGGUAGUGAUCCAGCAGGGGGAUGAAGGCAACAUCUUCUACGUGGUCCAAAGCGGCAAGCUGAGCAUCCUCAAGCGAGAGGGUGGAGGAGACGUUCCGCUGUUCAAAGGAACUUAUGGCCCCGGCGAUUCGUUCGGGGAGCUUGCGCUGAUGCACAAUCAGCCUCGUGCUGCGAGCAUCUUAGUGGAGUCCGAGACCUGUUGGUUGUGGCAGGUGCACAGACGAAGCAUCCAGACCUUCAUCAAAUCGAUCGCCAAGUACGAGAAAUCUAUCACAGAGCAGCUGCUGUCUCAAGUCCCUGCCAUGUCUGGCCUCCCUCCGGACGUCAUGACCAACAUCCUUGACUCUGUGCAGCUCACGCGCUUCAGGGACGGGGAUGUCAUCGUCGGCAAAGGACAAGCGGCGGACAAGCUCUACGUUCUCAUCGAAGGAGAA